GUGUAAGCACAACGCAUAGAACACCACCAGCAACAACAUCACCAUCCGUGCGACUUGCAUUGCUUCACUAAAAACAAUAACAUCAUCAGCAGCAGCAGAAGCCUCCGCAGCAGCAGCAGCGACCAACAAUUGAAUCCUGUGACCACUUGUCACACAUGCUGUUGCAAAAAGGGAACUCAAGUGGCAGUGACAGUUGCCGGCAGCGUUGUCGCUCCCGUUGUCGAUGUCGAUGUCGCUAGUGUUGGCGUCUAACUCAAGUGCCACUCUAGCGUCAGGCGACAGGACUGAGCCAGGACAUCGGCCGCAUAUCAAGCGUGCGUGUUUCGAUUUUGGCUUUGGCCGCUGUUCGCAAAGCCCAGUACACAAAACUCGAUACAAUAGUCUAACGUGUGUCCGUGUCCGUAUUGGUAUCCGUGCUUCUGAGCCUGUUUGUGUGUGUGUGCCUGUGUGCGUGUGAAUAGCGUCUUGUACGUGUUUACGAUUCCUUGCCCGCUGAAACGUGCGGCAAGUUGCGGCCAGUCGUGGAAAUCAAAAAGAAAUUUUGUUCUUACAAAUCGAUUUUGCGUUUUUUUUAUUUGUGUAUAGCAAUAAAAAUAGCACAAACUUCAAUCUAAUGACAAAUUAAAUAACGCAAAUAACAGCAGCACGGCAAAAGAACAACACAAUCCGUUAAAAACAAAAUUGCGAGGCACAUGCUAGAAGUUUUUGCCUGAUAGCAACAAAAAUAACAGCAAGAACAACAAAAACAACAACCAACAGCGAUAAAAGCAACAGUCAAAGAAAAAGUUUCAUUCUCGUGUUGCAAACGCCACAAGCAACAAACCUGCCCACGCCGCCCCCAUCACAUAGCAAAACGCAAAUCAACAACGACAAUGAUGGCGUCAAGACCUUCGGGCUCAUCCAGAUCCACCGCCAACACCAGCACCAUCAGCACCACCAGCUCCUGCUGCGGACACCCAACACGCGUUCAGCAAACGGUUGGUCGUCGAAUGUUGAGCGUUUGAGCGCUUGAAGCAAAGCGCAGCCAACUUUUUUAAACAAGCAACUCAAACAGACGCCAGCGAGAAGCGAGGAACGUGCAACAAGCAGCCAGCAGGCGAUGGCAUCGCGUUCUGGCAGAGCGCUAGGCAAACACUCGACGAAGACGUUGCUGUUGACGCUGCCGUUGAGCAUUGCCAGUUGAUGAGGCUGUGGAUAAAGAUGAACUCUGACCCGACGCUUGUUUGCAUUGCAAAUUGCAAUUAUGUGAGCGAACGAAAAGUGAUUAUCGUCCGAGCAAGCAAACCAACUUCAAGCGACGUUUUAAUCAGCGCAACAGUAAAUCGAAAUAAUGUCAACGCUUAAAGUUCAUCACAGUCCAAGCUUUGCCAUCAGAGCAGCGGCGUUGUCCACUUCAACAGCAACGACAACAGCCACGGCAACAACAACGAGAAGGCCUACCAAAUCGAUGGCAAUACUUGUAGCUGGUGGUGCAGCCUUAAACGCAACGGCAACAACAACAAUAACAGCAAUUACUAAUAGCAGCAGCAGCAGCAGUGGCAGCGGCAGCAACCUGCUGCUUACUUCAGCAACAAAAGCGCUGAGAGCAACAUCAGCAGCAUCCACAACAACAACAAUAAAAACAACAACAACUGCAUUGACAACAUCAACAACAACUUUGCGAACACCAUCGCAAUUUGUGGACGCCUCGUUGACUUCGCUGUCAUUAACGGCAUCAUCAACAUCAUCGUCCGCCAUCGCCGCCUCUUCCUCGCUGCCAUCAUCUCCAGCAACUGCCCUGGAGCUGUUCUCGACCGUCGCCAGCAACAUAACGGGUAACGCGAAUGCCAAUAUCAGCAGUGUGGUUGAAGGCAGCGAACAAUUCGAAGACAGUUGGCUGGACACGUCGCUGCUGCUGCUCAAGGGCUUCAUCUUUUCGUCAAUUAUCCUGGCCGCAGUGCUGGGCAAUGCAUUGGUCAUCAUUUCGGUGCAACGCAAUCGUAAACUGCGCGUUAUAACAAAUUACUUUGUUGUAUCUUUGGCGAUGGCCGACAUGUUGGUCGCCCUCUGCGCAAUGACAUUCAACGCAUCCGUGGAACUGUCUGGCGGCAAGUGGAUGUUCGGGCCGUUCAUGUGCAACGUGUACAACAGUCUGGACGUAUAUUUUUCCACGGCGAGCAUACUGCAUCUCUGCUGCAUAUCAGUGGAUAGAUACUAUGCAAUAGUGCGACCACUGGAGUAUCCAUUGAAUAUGACACAUCGCACUGUAUGCUUUAUGCUCGCCAACGUGUGGAUAUUACCCGCCCUUAUCUCGUUUACACCUAUUUUCCUGGGCUGGUACACAACGGCCGAGCAUUUGCGCGAGAUUUCCCUGCAUCCGGAUCAAUGUUCAUUUGUGGUUAACAAGGCCUACGCACUCAUCUCCAGUUCAGUGAGCUUCUGGAUACCAGGCGUUGUCAUGCUGGUUAUGUACUGGCGCAUCUUUAAAGAGGCUGUGCGUCAGCGCAAGGCAUUAAGCCGCACCAGCUCCAACAUACUGCUGAACAGCGUUCACAUGGGCCACACCCAGCAGCCCACCAAUCUCAGCUACUUACAUCCCAGUGACUGCGAUCUCAAUGCAAAAUCCGCACGAGAGGAGACGAAUAGUGCUCUCAGCAAUUUGGAGGACAUGCUGCAGACGGCCACCGAUGAGGACGACGAUAAGGACGAGUGCGAUGAACUGCGCGUGCCAUCGCCGCCACCGCGUCGCCUUAGCCGCAGCAGCAUCGAUCUGCGUGACCUUGAGCAGGAGCGUUAUGAAAAGGUUACGCACACGGACAGCGCCCCGUCGAUGAUGGCGCUGCAGCAGCAGCAGCUAGCUCCCAACCAGCUGCAGGCACCGGUGCCUGUGUUCAAUCCGCAGAUUUGGGGCGAAACCCUAGCAAAAAAGACAGCUCAGUCAGCAACAGCAACAAUUCAGCAGCAACAGAGCCUGACAAGUGGCAGCGGCAACAGCGAGCCAGAGCCGGAGUCUACGGCCUAUCGCGUGUUUGGCCUGUACAGCGAUGAUAGCGAGACGAAUGACCAUUAUGACACACCUUUGCCACUGGCCGAGGACAACAAAGAGUUGAAGCGACUCAUCGAGGAUAAUUAUUUGUACUUCAAGAAGCAAACGAGCGCUGCGGGCGGCAAAUAUGCCGCACUGAGCGAGUCAGAUUUUAUUCGACUGAAGUCAGAAGCUGCGGCCAGCGGGCAUAAAGCAACUGCCGCCAGCGACUCGGAAUUUAUGCGCACCAUCAGCGAAUCGAAGGCGCCCGAUCAGCUGCCCGGCAAGGAGAAGGGUUUCAAUUUCAUGUCGCUGCUGGCGAAAACGAAGCGCUCUAGCGCCGAGUGCUUUGCUCUCGAACGGAAACGACAGCAGGCCAACUCCGAGGGUUCCAGUUUCUUUCGACGCUCUCGUAAUCGCAAGCUAUCACAUAGCUAUAAUGGAGGCGCCGGCAGUGGCAGCGGCGGCGCCAAGGAACGCAAACUUGAGCAGCGGGCGCGACAGCACAGCGACACCGACUCGACGCCCAACAAGCCGGACAUACUGCUGGACAUAAACGUGCUCAGCGAGCAGAACUCGGCGAGUGCAGCGGAUGGCAAUGGGCUACAGCUGAUCGACUUUGGCAGCGAUGCGGUUGUCGGCGUGAGCGUCACUGGUGAUGAGCUGACCCAGCUGGCCGAUUGCUUUGGCGAGUCACCUAAGCAGCCGGCAACACCGCCGCCAUCGCUGUCCCCGCCGGAGCUGCCCGAGCAAAGUGGCAUGCUAAUUACGAAUAGCUCGGAGCUGGCCGAGAUCUUUCGCUCGCUGAGCUUUCCGAUGGGCGAGCAGUCCAAGUCCAGGCGUCAGGCGGCGCCGCAGCGCAUGAGCACGCUGAGCGAUCAGGUGUGCCCCAACUAUAUGAUUUCCCCACCGAAUACGCCAGCAGCUGUGAGCGCAGCCGUUGCGGCUGGUAACUCAUCGCAAUCGGCGUCCAUCAACGUGUACUUCUUGUCGCCGCCGCCGCACGCGGCUGGCUACACGCCAAGUGACACAUCCACCGUAUCACUGGACGUGGUCACCACACUGCCUGUGCCGCAGCCAGGGACACCUGCACAGCACCAGCAGCAGCCACCCAACAUAUCACCCAAGCCCGAAAUCAUACUCGACUCCACACUCUCGCCAGUAGACGGCAGCGAAGGCCACGGACUGGCCGAGCACAAGGAUAUCACCUCACCCCUGUUGAAGCGUAAAGAUAGCGCCAACGACACGGAUGUGAGCGCUUCCGGCGGCCGACAGCGCUUUCUCACUGGCUACGAGGGUAUUCAGACUAUGCGGAAACGACAAGCGUCGGUGGUCACGUAUGAUGUGAACGUUAUCAACUUCUCCCAGGAGCAAAGCGACAGUCGCAGCUACAUUCCUAUGGGUCGCGUCUCCACCAGCUCGGCAAAGCACGAAUUUUCCAAUAAAUCCUCACUGAUUCGACGCGGUGGCAUCUGCAUUUUUGUGGAUGAAGACGAGGCCGAUUUUAUUGAGCAAAAGCCGCACGGCGUUACCUUUGCCCCGGCCGCCAACCCGACACAAAAGUGUCCGCUCUGUGGCGCCGACAUCAGCGCCACCACAACUGUCAAUACCACCAACACCACCACCACCACUACCACCACCGACACCAACACCUCAGUCAGAGCAAGUAGUAAUCGUAGUAGUAACGCUCAGGCCCCAGCUAUGACUCCGGCUCCGGCUGCAACACCGGCUCCGAUUUCAGGGCAGGAACAAGCUCCGCGCACGCGCUCACGCUUCUGGCACAAACAAUUGGCGGCGCUCGCAGCAUGUUGGCAGCAGAGCAAGAACCGGAAGCAGCUCUACAAAACCGGAUGUAGUCACUGUGGUGCAACCGGCGGCUCAGUGCGACCCGCGAAAGGUUGGAAGGCCGAGCACAAGGCCGCUCGCACUUUGGGCAUCAUUAUGGGCGUAUUUCUGCUCUGCUGGCUGCCCUUUUUCCUUUGGUAUGUCAUCACGUCGCUCUGUGGCGCCUCCUGCCCCUGCCCGGAUGUGGUCGUGGUGGUACUCUUCUGGAUUGGCUAUUUCAACUCAACACUUAAUCCGCUCAUCUACGCCUAUUUCAAUCGAGACUUUCGGGAUGCCUUUCGCAAUACACUGGAGUGUGUGCUACCCUGCCUGGAGAAGCGCAAUCCCUAUAAUGCUUACUAUGUCUAGAGUCUAUAAAGAUCUCUAAAUGCUACCAAACGAUGCCACUGUAAGUGAUAUUCAAUACUCUUAGCUAAUACCAAAUAAAACGCCACUCUUGCAAACAAAAAAAAAAAGAAAUCUUUGUUAAAGCCUUCGAGCUAAGCAAUACUCAAUUGUGUGUUUAUUAUGUAUACGUAUUUAUGUAAUUGUACUUAUGUAUUUAUAAGCAAGUAUUACGCUAAGCUAGGGACUCUUAACUUAAUGGAUUCUCAUAUCAUGUCAAAUGUGUGUCUAUUAAGCAUAUACGUAAAACCUCAAAUGGGUAUGUCUUUGUCCCUAGUAUAAGAGAAAACUCUCAAAAUCGAAGCAAUUGAACAAGCCACUAGAAAAUAAAAAAGAAUUAAGAAAAUAUAUAACUACUAGAAUAUUAAACCUAAAAAUAAUACUUCGGUAAAUAUUCGAAGCUUACGUUCUUUUCAAGUGUCCGAUCGCUAUAUUUCAAUGUUUCAGUUUAUCUGAACUAUCUAAAGUCAAAUUUAAAAUACGACUCCACUGAUAACGCUUUAAAUAUAAUGAAAUAUACUAUUCCAAUAUUAUAUUAUACAAAUUGUUACAUUUUCAACGGUCAAAAUUUAACGGAUUAUGCCUAAUAAAUGCAAAUUGACCCACAAAAAUAGGGUACUACAAUUAGUAAAAAUUAGUUUAAGCCGAUUAAUCUCCUGUUUCCAUUUUAAAAAAUCUUGAAAAUGGAUCCUAAUUUUGUGUUAAGCGGGUAAGUUAGAAUAAUAAAUAUUGUUCGUCUUGAAACAAACAUUAAUGUUAAGGAAUGCAAUCUAAAUUGAAUUGUUCGCGUCAUAAAGAAUAUUCCAGCUUAAUGACAAUCUAACAAAAAUAACACAAAACUUUAAAAUGCAAAAGUUAUCAGACGUAGCAAAUUUCUUAAUAUACUAGGAAAAGUUGAUUAAGUUACUUGAUUUCCUUUUAAAAGUUAAUGCUACUUUUGUGAUACCUAUUAAAGGGAAUUGAUUUCAUUUUUAGUUCAAUUUGUUAACGAUUUCUGUACGCAUUGCAAGUUUAUUUUACAGAUAAAGCGAAUGAAAUGCAAUCUCGUCUAAUAUACAUAUAUAUUUUAUUUCUAUGUAUUUACUUGCUGAAAACUAAAUAAUUACGAGUUAAAGUGUGCAA